AUGUUCGGCCUUACCAUGCGCCGCACUACGCUCCUGGCACUCGCCUGCCUAAUCCCACUCAUAGCGGCCGCCGAGGACAGGCCAAAGGGCGACUUCAGAAAAUGUCUCGAAGUCACAGACACAUGUCCCGUCAACGCGACACUUUAUGGCUACCGCCCUGAUAUGGGCGCAAAUGCCUUCCUAUGUGCACUUUUCGGACUCUGCUUCAUCGGCUCUCUCGUCAUCGGCAUAAUGACCAAGACAUGGACCUACACAAUUGCUCUUGGAAUAGUGGGCCGCAUCAUGAUGAACUCCAACCCCUGGAGCGAAAGCGGCUUUAAGCUGCAGAUCUGCGCUCUCGUCCUGGGCCCGAGUUUCGUCGCUGCCGCCAUCUACCUCACCCUGAAGCACUUCGUCCUCUACUGCGGAGCAGAGUAUUCUCUGAUCAAGCCGCGCCUCUACCCCUGGAUCUUCGUCGGAUGCGAUUUCGGCUCCAUGGUACUCCAGGGCAUUGGCGGUGGUCUUGCCGCAGCCGGCGGAACGAAGAACCAGAAGCUCAUUGACGGCGGCAACAAGAUGAUUGUCGCUGGUAUCGCGUUCCAAGUCGUCACGAUGGCCGUGUGCGGUAUGCUCAUCUUGGUCUACGUCUUCCGCUACAAGAAGGGAACGGCAGCUCGCCACGCAGUCGAGGAGAAGAGCGCAUACCACAGCGACAAGGACUCUGGCUCGAUUGCGCUGUGGAAGGUCAAGGUCUUUGGAUGGGCGGUCACGUUCGCAUACACUACUGUUUUGAUCCGUUGUAUCUACCGUCUGCCUGAGAUGGCUGGUGGAUGGGGCAACGCGCUCAUGAGGAACGAGCGCGAGUUCCUGCUACUCGAUGGAAUGAUGCUUGCGAUCGCAUGUGUUCUCCUCACCGCUUGCCACCCAGCCUUCUUCUUCCCUCCGUUCGCUGCGUUCCGCCGUCGCCAGAAGUAG